AUGAGGGUCAUCCUCGCCAUCAACGCCGGCUCCAGCUCGGUCAAGAUAUCCGUCUAUCUGGCCGACAAAGGAACAACGCCGCGCCAGAUUGCCGAGUCUCAAGUGAGCGGUCUUACGGCUCCGCCAGCUAAGCUGAAAUAUACGCGAGGCGGCGAGACCAUCAUCAAAGACCAGGACGUGGACGAUGCCGUCAACAGCCAGGACGACGCCUUCGCUUUGCUGCUCAAGACGUUGGUAGACGAUGCUGAAUUGAAAGAGAUCAGCUCCAAGUCCGACGUGGCCAUUGCCUGCCAUCGUAUCGUCCAUGGCGGCGACUACAGCGAGUCCCAAAUCAUCACUCCAGACACAUACAAUCAGCUAGAGAUCCUCAGCGACCUUGCUCCCUUGCACAACGGUGCCGCGCUGGCAAUUGUCGACUCUUGCAUGAAGCAGCUCCCCGACGCCCUCAACGUCGCUUGUUUCGACUCCCAGUUCCACUCGACGAUACCGCCGCACAUCUCCACGUACCCGAUCGACCCGACAAUAGCCAAGAAGAACGGGUUACGCAAGUACGGCUUCCAUGGCAUCAGCUACGCCUUCAUCUCCAGAUCCGUCGCCGACUUCCUUGGCAAGAAUCUCGAUGAGCUCAACAUCAUUACCCUGCAUCUCGGCAGCGGAGCCAGCGCCUGCGCGAUCAAGGGAGGCAAGAGCUGGGACACCAGCAUGGGCUUGACUCCGUUGGCCGGGCUCCCUGGCGCCACCCGCAGUGGCAGCGUAGAUCCAAGCUUAGUUUUCCAUUAUGCCAGCGACGUAGGCAAACUCUCGCCCGCUGCCACCGAGAAGCUCCACAUCUCCAGGGCCGAAGAAAUUCUCAACAAGCAGAGUGGCUGGAAGUCCCUGACGGGCACCACGAACUUUGGCACCAUUGCCGCCUCAGACGAUCCUCAGCACCGCCUUGCCUUUGACCUGUUUGUGGACCGCAUCUGCGGCUUUGUGGGGAGCUACUACGUCUCGCUGAGAGGCCAGGUGGACGCCAUCGUCUUCGCGGGAGGAAUUGGCGAGAAGAGCGCCCGGCUUCGCAGUGCCGUGGUGGAUCAAUGUGGCUGCCUGGGCUUUGCCAUUGACGAGGCGCGGAACAAUGCCGAGGGCGAUGCAACAGUAUGGGAUAUAGGCAGCAAGGACUCGAAGCACCACGUGCUCGCGUGUCACACGGACGAGCAGUUCGAGAUGGCCAGGGACUGCACAGACAUGCCCGCGCUUUGGAAAUAG